GCUGCUGCUGUAAGUAAUGAUUGUUGCAUUAUUUCUGAAGUUUUCUUAGCCUUUCUGUGUUUUUCCUGCAAUCUUGGAGGGAGCACUGACAAUCUCAGACCCGGUGAAUCUGUUACUGGAAACCGGACUUUAGUCUCCGCCGGCGGGAACUUCGCGUUAGGAUUCUUCCGCCCCGGGAACUCUUCUUCUUCCUUUCUGGGGAUAUGGUAUAACACCAUCAACAAUACUGUGAUCUGGGUGGCUAACAGAGAAUCUCCGCUGCGUCAAGAUUCUGAACCCGUUUUCACACUCGGGUAUGAUGGGAAUUUGCAGCUUUUGGAUGACAGCGGAAGAAAUAUUAUAUGGUCAACGAAUAUCUCAGGCGGCGGCGGCGGAUCCACGGCGGCCCAACUGCAAGAUACGGGAGAUUUUAUUGUGAAGCAGGGUGAGAGCAUCCUUUGGGAAAGCUUUGAUGGCGACAGCGAUACAUUAAUGCCGGUGAUGAGGCUAAAGGUAAACAAGAAAACUGGAAAAGGGAACGUGAUAAGAUGUUGGAGUAGCAGUGAUGAUCCCCGGCCAGGGAAAUUCUCGUGGGGAAUGGAUCCUAAAGGAUCUCCCCAGUUUUUGAUUUGGAAAGAAGAUAAACCUUAUUAUAGGAGCAAUUUGUAUCAGGAUGGGUUUACUUACAAUAUUUACUUUCCCUCAGGGGGAUAUGUAUCAUAUACUUAUGCUACAGAAAAUGAUGAAGAAUAUUUCAGCUAUAGAUAUGUUGACACCUCAAUUCAAGCAAGGGUCAUCUUGAGUCCAGACGGUCAUUUGCAGUUUCUGUCGAGGCAAAAAACAAGUGAGAAAUGGGAGAUGUUGUGGCAGGCGCCAACCAAUGAGUGUGAAUUGUAUGCACGCUGUGGUUCAUUUGGAAGCUGUGAGAUCUACGAUUCGCGCCCGGUUUGCAGUUGCUUGAAAGGGUUUAAACCAAAAUCACAGAGAGAUUGGGAUAAGGGGAAGUAUGAUGCAGGGUGUGAGAGGAGCAUAGCCUUGGGGUGUGGAGAAGCUGAUACAUUCAUGAGGUUGCCGUUGAGGAAAUGGCCUGACCAUUCAUCUUCACUGGGAAAUAUGACAUUUCAGGAAUGCCAAAUGGAGUGCUCUAGGAGCUGCAAUUGCACCGCUUUUGCGUAUUCAAAAAGCACUUCUGACUCUGCAGUGAAUUGUAUAAACUGGUUUGGCGACUUGGUCGAUUUGGCACAUAACUAUUCACCUGCAGGUGACUUCGGCCAAGAUCUCUAUGUUCGUGUUCAUGCAUCUGAGCUAAUUAAUGCAGAUGGAAGCAGUGGAAAUGAUGAUUCCCCUCACAGAAACAUACGACGUCUUGUUGCAAUAAUAGUUGCCUCAGUCUCUUCAUUGUUUCUUCUUACUGUUUUGGUGUAUAUCCUCACCCGUGGAAGGAAAGGUUGGGUUUCUAAAAAGUCUACGGAGUCAUCUGAUGCACCUCUUCUCGGAAAAGAAGAUAUAGAGUUGCUAUAUCUCAGUUUCAGGAGAAUAAUGGAUGCUACAAACAAUUUCGACGAAGCAAACAAACUUGGAGAGGGUGGUUUUGGACCUGUAUAUAAGGGAUUUUUAUCAGAAUUUGGGAUGGUAGCCAUCAAGAGACUAUCUAAGCAAUCAUCUCAAGGUUUGAAGGAGUUCAUGAAUGAGCUGAAGCUAAUUGCAAAACUACAGCAUACAAAUCUUGUGUGCCUAUUGGGUUGCUGCAUUGAGGGUGAAGAAAAAAUAUUAAUCUAUGAGUACAUGCCCAAGAGAAGUCUAGACAAAUUCUUAUUUGAUGCAAUUCAGAAAGAUAAUUUAGAUUGGAAUACACGUUUACAAAUAAUAGAAGGAGUUGCGCAAGGAAUUCUUUAUCUUCACAAGUACUCUAGAUUGAAAGUUAUUCACCGGGACUUGAAAGCAAGUAAUAUUUUACUUGACGAAGCAAUGAAACCCAAAAUAUCAGAUUUCGGAAUGGCAAGAAUUUUUGGGAUUGACCAAACUCAGGAGAAAACAAAUCAUGUGGUUGGGACAUAUGGUUACAUUCCACCGGAAUAUGUAUUGCAUGGUCAAUUUUCUGAGAAAUCAGAUGUAUUCAGUUUUGGAGUGCUGCUAUUGGAAAUUGUUAGUGGCCGGAAAAAUUCUAAUUUUUUUCGGACUCAACUGUCUCUCACUCUCCUAGGAUGGGCAUGGAAAAACUGGAAAGAUGGACAACCGCUUGAAUUUGUUGAUCUAACCAUAAAGGAAUCAUGUGACUCUCUCAAGGUCAUAAGGUGCAUCGAGGUGGGACUUCUAUGCGUCCAAGCAAUUCCAACGGAUAGACCUAUAAUGUCUGAUGUAGUUCAAAUGUUGAGCAAUGACCAUGCAUCACCAAUUCCGCAACUCAAAGAACCUGCAUUUGUUUCUAGUCAACCCAAUUCCAUUAUUUGUACUAGUUCUCAUUCUAAUUCUAAAAAUGAGAUUACAAUAAGUAUUCUCGAUCCUCGAUAAAGAAUCUGUCAUUUUAUGUAAAUAUUUUAUGUCCUCAUAAUAAGCUCUUAUACAACUCUUUCACCUAGAUUUAAUAUCUAUA